AUGUCCGGAAAACCUCCAGUUUAUAGAUUACCCCCCCUUCCAAGACUAAAAGUGAAGAAACCUAUUAUUAGACAAGAAGCUAACAAAUGUUUAGUUUUAAUGUCCAAUUUAUUGCAAUGUUGGUCUUCAUAUGGCCAUAUGAAUCCCAAAUGUGCUGGCUUGGUGACGGAAUUGAAAAGCUGUACCAAUGAAAACGCCCUUGGGAAAAGAAACAACGUCCAAAAAAGUAAUAUUAACUACCACGCCGCUAGACUUUACGAUAGGAUCAACGGGAAACCUCAUGAUUGA